AUGACUGAAGUACAUUCAUUUGGCAAUCUUCCUGUCAUUGCUCAUGCUUGGAAUAAAGAUCGGACACAGAUUGCCGUUUCUUUGGGUAAAAAUGAUCUUCGUAUAUAUAAUAAACAAGCUGGUAAAUGGAAAUUAACACAUACAUUAUGUGAACAUUUAUCACGUGUAUUAGCAAUUGAUUGGGCACCUAAAACGAAUCGAAUUGUUACUGCUAGUGCUGAUUACAAUGCAUAUGUUUGGACAUUUGAAAAUGAUACAUGGAAACCACAAAUGGUUGAAUUACAACGAACAAGUCGCGCUGUUUGUUGUGCUAAAUGGUCACCGGAUGAAAAUAAAUUUGCUAUUGGUUCAAGUGAUAAAAAUGUAGGUAUAUGUUAUUAUGAAACUGAACAAAGAUUUUGGGCAGCAGAAAUGAUAAAGAAAAAACCAAAAUCAACAGUAACUUGUCUUGCAUGGCAUCCAAAUAAUCAAUUAAUUGCUGUUGGUAGUUUGGAUUAUCGUGUUCGCAUUUAUUCGGGAUAUGUAAAAGCUGUUGAUAAUAAAGCAGAGACAUCCGCCUGGGGAAAAAUUACAAAUACAGGAGAAUUAUUACAUGAAUUUCCAUGUGAAUCGGGUUGGACUCAUGAUGUUGCUUUUUCACCAUCAGGUGAAAAUCUUGCAUGGGUAUCACAUAAUUCAAUAAUAUUUGCUGUUUCAUCAAAUAAUCCAUCUAAAACUACAAUGGAAAUUACAAAUUAUCUACCAUUCCGUUGUAUUAUUUUUGUUAGUGAAUCAACAAUCAUUGUUGCAGGUCAUGAAUUUUCACCAUUGAUUUAUAAUUAUGAUGAACGAAAAGGAACAAUUGAAUUUGUAGAAAAACUUGAUUCACAAGAAACAUCAACUGGAAGACAAUCAAUUGGAGAAGAAAAUGAAUUUUUUACGCCAUAUCAGGCCUCUCGUCUUUUUGAUCAACCAUCAAUGCAAACACAAACACCAGAACCUGUAUCAACUCAUCAAAGCAUGAUCACACAAAUCGUUCCUUAUCAAACAGAAAAUACGAAUUUAGUAAAAAUAAGUUCAGCUGAUUUAUUUGGUCAAGUUGUAAUUUGGAAUUUAAGUGGCAAAAAAAUAAAAAAAUAA